AUGGCGCCGGUCGUCCCCUCCUCCUCGGUGGAGAGCUCUCGUGCUGUGGCGGGAGGGUCUGCUCGAGGCCGCUUCCGCCGCUCCUCAAAUUCUUCGCAGUCUGAGUUCGUUCACGAGUUCUCAAGUCGCCAGUCUUCUUCUGUUUCGUCUCCAGAAACCGUUUUUUUUGGCCCUUCGUCGCAUUCGCGCGGAGACUCUGUUCCGGAUGUGCCGCGUUCUUCUCUCCGCACCGGAGCUUCUGCUGUACAUUCUUCCUCUCCCCUGCCUCCGCUUCCGCUCGAUACUUCCAGCCUCUCCGCCUUGCCAGAGAUUCCUGCGUCGGCGCAUCUCGAAUCUCCUGAGCUCGGCGCCGAAGCGGCACUGGGCCUGACCUCUUCGGCGCUGUCGCCCGGGCGCACUGCUUUGGGACAGCACGGAGAAGAUACCUUCCUGCUUGAGGACGUGCUCAACGACUUUGAAACGCGCGCCUUCUUCUCAGACCAUCUCGGGGCAGCCUCGGUCUCUCCCAGUUCCCUUCGGCCCUCCGCGACCGGAUUCUUCCAGCGCUGGUGGAACCCCGCGAGCGUUUUGGGCUCCGCGAGGAACGCCGUGUCUGCGGCGGCUCAGCCGUCCGCUGCUCCUCAGCCGUCCGCUGCGCCUCCGGGAGGCCAUGGAGACAUCUCAGGCGAGAACCUCGCAGAAACUCGACAGCUGGAAGCCUCGCGACCUCAGCUGCGGACGCCAGGCGCGGCGAACGCGGCGCUCGGCGGGCCUAGCGCGCCCGGCGGCGACGCUCUGGCCGCUUCACCCGCCGCCCCGUCUGUGGCAGUGAGAGCCAACCGUGUCGUCCCUUCUUCCACGUUUCCUUCCUCCAGCGCCCUGACAGGGUUGUCGGCCGCGUCUCCGGCCGCGGUCCCUCCCCGGCCUGCUUCGGCGCCGCAGCCGGCGGAAGAGCGACGGGGCCUCGACAGCCGUUCCGGCGUGUAUCCGUCGUUGUCGGAGGCGCCUCUCCCUGGAGCAGCCGCCGUGGGGCGACCUAGCAGUUCUGGCGACUCGUCUCAGGGGAUGUCGGAAGAAGACGGUUUGGAGGACGAGGAGGACGGUUAUGUGGGCAAUCCGACCGAUGCGCCUUCCUCGUCCGGUCCUGCGUCUUGGCUGUGGCGGUGGCUCGGCCUGCAGAGUCGGUCUUCCUCGGACCUGGGGCGAACCGCUGGUUCCGCGUUGGGAAGGCGAGCCCUCGGGGUGCGCUCGAGAAGGCGAAGGAGACGGCGCUAUGUGCCGAUGGCGGGGCUCCCUUCUGGUGAUCGUGAAGAGGACGAAAACCAAAUCAUAUCUGAAUCUUUCUCCCCCUCGCCCCCGCCGCGGGAUGCGCCGUCCACAGAGGCGACCGUGCUGGGAGCGCCGGCUCUCAUGCAUGCAGAAGAGAGGGAGGCCGAGAGCGAAAGAGCCGCAUCGGCAGGUCCAGAACGCGCGACCGCCCCCGCCGCUCGACGGUGGCGCUGGCGAUCUGGCUUCCUGCUCUCUUCGCACUCCGCGGCGUCUCCGCAGCGGCCUGCGGUGGAUAUCGAAAUGGGCAUACUUCCGGCGCCCGGCCACGGGCGUGAAGACGCCCAGGCGCGCGGGGAGCAAGGGGGCGAAGGCACCGGCGAGGCGGCGUGGCGAUCGAGCAUUGCCGAUUUAGGUGGGCGAAUGCGAGCACAGUCUUCUGCAGUCUUCGCCGCGGUUCGGGGCGCGCUGGGGCGACUUCGCGAAGGGCGAGAAGAUCCUUCCGCGGAAACGACGGGGGGCGCCGAAGGAGGAAGAACAGCUGACCGGACAGCCCCGCCUCCAGAGGAGGAUGAAGAAGACGAUCCCUCCUGCCAUCAACUGCUCCUCCUCAGCGGCUGUCUUUGCUGGUUUCCGCUUCUCUGGGUUGUGGGGGCGAUGCUGUGGUGUGUUACCCCGAAGGAGCAUCGACGGGCGCGCAAGUGGGGAUCGAUCAACGUCUUUCUUGUCCUGGUCACGUUCCUGUACCUUUUUCUUCACGUGUGGAACGUCGCCAAGCCUGUAGCGCAGCGCGCGGUGCUCUUCAACACGGAGGCGCAGUUAGGUCUCGAAGCCCCUUUCCCUCCGCGGCAUCCGGGAAAUCUGUGGAAGGUGGAGGAUGACGGCGGCGGCGUGGAGCACACCAACCGCUUGGCGUGGAACUUCCGCGAUCCUGUGGACGCGGGCUGGACGUUCCUCCGUCUCCCUGUUUCCUCUGUGUCUCCCGAGGAGGCGCAGAUCAUUCGUUACGGACGAGUCGUUCGGUCGCCUGCGUCGUCUCCCUUUGCACUCCUAGACGCCCCGUCCGAACAGCAGCGGCCAAGCCUGUUAGGCUCGGCGAGCGGCGCCUGGGUCUUUGGCCCCAAAGCUCUGCCUCUUCCGGCCGGCGAUCAUGGCCCUACUGUGAUGCUAGGACCUCCCGUCAUUGCGAGCGGACGCAUCCUGUUCUCCGUUCGCUUCGGGGCAGGAGACGCGCCGUCGACGUCCGCCCUUUCUUCCCUCCAUCAGGUGUUCGCGAGAGAGAGGCAAGGGAGAAACGCAGAGGACGGUUCCGAGGCCCAGAGAAUCACACCUCGGCGACGAAAAGAUGCACAUUCUCUCGAGGAAGACACCGCGGAGUUGCGUGCGCGGGCGGGAGACAGAAAAGGACGGACCGGCUCGGGUUCCCGGAAAAACGCGCACGAACUCCACGCGGUCUUUCCCCGGGAAAUGACAGUUGAAGACCUUCUGCUUGGCGAUAAAAACGUCCCCGCCUCCUUUUUUGGUGCGGGUCUUCGGUGCGUCUCCCUUCGUCGCUACUUGAGCUCACACAUGUCCCCAGGAGUCAGCGGGCUGUCGGCUGCGGAUAAGAAAAACGCUUUUUCAGCGGAUACCCGUUCUUCAUCUUCGACUCUGCUUCCUUUUCGGUGGCUGCUUCUUCAUCGAACUGAACGAGGAGGAGACAUUAGGGUGGCUUCUCAAGUCCUCGAUUUCGGCGACUCGAAAUUUUUGUGCAAUCCUGCGGUCGUAGCUACAGGCGGGGAAGGCACCCAAGAGGCUGACGCCGGUGGUGCUGGGGAAGGCGAGGCAGACGACAGCCGCGCCUUUCGAGGGUUCAUUGAUGUCCAGCAGGUUCUCCUGCGUGCGCUGCCGUAA